AUGGCCGUGGAUGUGGGGAAAUCACUUUCUGAAGCCUCGCUGAGCAAGAAGGUCGAGGGCGAUGGUCGGUGGGACUGCACAGAGGUGGAGACCGACUACCUGGAGCUAGCAGACAGCCUGCGCCAGGUCUUAGGGAUGGAGGAAGCCGAGCCCUGCCGGCAAGGGACAGAGAGCGUGGCAAUGAGCAGACGCAGUCGCUUGGCCGCUGGUGUUACCCAGGGAGGCUCGAGCUACCGCCAAGAAGUGCCUUCAGCAUCCUCAUCCAGAUUUCCCAGAGCAAGAGCAAGCCUCUCGGAGACAGAGACGUCAAUUUACGGAGACGCCAGCGGCAACGAUGUGCCUCGUCACCUUAGCCAGCGGUUCCUCUCGUUGGAAGAGCAGCAGGUGGAGGCAUUGGGCUGUUGGGAGCCGGCGUCCAGCCCUCUCAGCCCCCCCAGACGCACGGACGUGCCUUCUCCGGCGGCAGGGGACCUGGGCAGUCGGUGGGCUGCGGCAGAAGGGAUGGCGCCGCGGCUGCGCAAGCCCUUCAGUCUGCUGCUCCGCGACCGCGCCACCGCGGAGCGCGCCGGAGAGAUGUCGCCCUACCAAGCCGAUUACUGGGCGUGUGCCAUACCGGAUUCGUUACCCCCGUCUCCGGACCGUCUGUCGCCCCAUUGGAACCCCAAUAAAGAGUACGAGGACUUGCUGGAUUAUGCGUAUCCGUUGAAGCCAAGAUACAAGCUGGGAAAGAUGCCGGAGCCUUUCCUUCACGACUCAGGAAUAGGUUUGGACAGCUUUACUGUUUCCCCCGAGGGCACGCUGAGGUCCACCAGCAUCUAUGGCCGAAGUGGGCAGGCUUGGGGAAGCGGAGAAAAUGGAUGUUGGAGGUCCGUGGCCUCUGCAGAGAGGUUCUCCGCCCCGGGGCCUGGAAAAAGAGGCUGCUCAGGAGCUGGCUUGUACUGUGAACCGUCACCUAUUGCAAAAGCAUCCUUCGCGAAGGGCGCUUCCUCUCGUCCCUCAAGACGUUUUGCUAAGGAUGCAACGACGGAGUCAGCUGGGCCGGGUGCACUUGGCCGCCCUGCUGCGGACGGGAGAAGCGGGGGUGCCCGGGGGAAGUGGGAGGGGGAUGAAGAAUUUCUCUCCCUGCCUCCAAGACUGCGGGAGCUGGAUAGUCUGGCACAGUUUUUGUCCGAUCUUUCCUUCGUAAGGACGCCCGGGCGCGACCACCGUAACCUUCCACGUCACAGCGACGGCAGGCAGCCCCUGUCAUCUGAGCUGGCUCCUUUCGGAGAAGCGGGUGGCAGGGACAAAAGAGGGAGCGUUGAGGAUUGUGCUGGGCUGUGGCACUCCUGCAGCUCUCAAAAGCCCAGCUGGGAAAAUGCUGAAUCCUGUGGUCAGGUCCAGAGGGAUCCUCUGCGGGGACUUCACCUACCGGCCGGUCUCGGGGACGCGUUGGAUGUGACGUACCUACAUGAACCACGGGUCAAGGGGCAUCCGAAGAAGAGCCAGCAGAGAGAGUCCCUUGCCCAGUGCGUUAAGAUGUUUUGCUGCCAGCUGGAAGAGCUAAUUUGUUGGCUGUACGACGUGGCAGACAUCACCGACAGCUGGAUCCCGGCCUCGCCGGACGCCGGGAACGUGAAGGCAUCGCUGCGCCGCUGCUUGGAGUUCAGGAAGGAUGUGGCCGACCACCGGAGCCUGACGGAGCGCGUGCUGGAGAGGGGAGAAGCUCUCCUCGACUGCAUGGCAUCAAAUUCGCCAGCUCUGAGAGACACGCUGGGUUUGAUUGCGAAGCAGUCAGAAGAGCUAGAAACCCACGCGGAGCACUUGUACGAGUCUGUCCUAGCUGCUGUGGGUCCCGUGCGGGGCGAGGACGGGAUGGAGGACAAGGGGGUGCAGCGGACGGCUGCCCAGUGGGCACUAGAAGCCAAGAAAUAG